AUGGGUAAACAAAAAAAGACUAGAAAAAUCGUAGAAAAAAGGUUUGCUAAAAUGAAGAAGAUUAUAAACCCAAAUGAUAAUAGGAUAAAAGCUAGUGAUCGAGCUGAUCCUAAGAAAAAGAAGAAACCAAAUCCAAAUGAAAUCAAAAUUCGUGAAGUGCCGCAAACCAGUUCUGCUCUGUUCUUUCAAUAUAAUACCCAAUUAGGACCACCGUAUCACAUACUAAUUGAUACAAAUUUUAUAAAUUUUUCUAUUAAAAACAAGCUAGACAUAGUUCAAAAUAUGAUGGACUGUCUCUAUGCUAAGUGUAUUCCGUAUGUGACUGACUGUGUUUUGGGAGAGUUGGAAAAACUUGGAAGGAAAUAUAGGGUCGCGUUACGAAUUAUAAAAGAUCCUAGAUUUGAAAGACUGGCUUGUAUGCACAAGGGCACAUAUGCUGAUGAUUGUUUAGUGCAACGAGUUACGCAACAUAAAUGUUACAUUGUGGCUACAAAUGACAAAGAUUUAAAGCGUAGGAUAAGAAAAAUUCCCGGAGUGCCUAUUAUGUAUGUUGCCGACCACAAGUUCACCAUAGAGAGAAUGCCUGAUGCUUACGGUGCACCAAAAGGUGCAAUUUAG